CGUUCACUGUCAUCUACAAUGCAAAGGGAAACGAAGAAGACGAGCGUACGUAAACAACGACGUUGACCCGCCACAAUGACUGAGCCUUUGAAUGCAGAGAGAGUUAAAGUAAAACUGGACAGUUUUCUGACCAAAUUAGGAUUCGAAGUUUACCCAUUUAAGGUUGGUUGGUAUAACGCUUUGCUCCCUUCUUCCCUGCACCUGGAUUACCCAGAAUCCACUUUGGCUGUUGUAGUUCUCAGCACUCCUGACAUGUUUGAACAAGCGUUCCUGCCCUUCUUGGAGAACAUACUCUUUCAGAGGCUGUCUGACCCCGUAGACCAGUGUGUCAAACACUGCAUCGCCUGUGCCGUCUCCCAGGCUUUCCCAUCACAAAGGGUGGAUGUCAGGUAUGACUAUGAGCUGCUACCCAGCAGAAAGCCCAAGUUCUUAGCCCAGACUGCUGCUCACCUAUCUGGUGCUGCGUUCUACUACCAACAGUCAGAUGUCAAAGAUCAACCCUGGGGUGACAAGAAAAUGUUUGGGGUUUGUGUGCACCCGAGGUUCGGUGGCUGGUUUGCCAUAAGAGCUCUGCUGGUGUUUCAAGAUGUGAUGAUUGGCUCUGAGAUGCUGCAGCCAGUCCCUAUAGAUUGUGUCUCAUCCAGAGAGGAAAAGAUCCGGUUGCUGGAGGCUUUCAAUUUUAGCUGGCAGGACUGGAAAUACAGAGAUAUCGUUCCUCCAGUUCAGACGUACUCCCAGAAACAAAAGGACUACUUCUCCACCAAGCCCGCUGAGCGCUUCGCUCUUCUAAAGACUUGGGGUUUCCUGUCAACCGAGGAAGAUCAGCCUGAUCAGAGCUCAGACACACAGAACCAGAUGAACGGACACGGCUGAGCUGCACAGUGUUGCAGCCAACAGUGGUUGAUCCGCUGCACUUAAAGUCAGACACUAAUGAAAGUCAUUUUUUAAUUUAUUUCAGAAGAUCUAUUAUGCAAUGCUGCUAUGUCUCUAAAAAACUCUAAUUUAUAUCAUCAAAACAAAUAAAGCAUAAUUUCUCUUGAUAAAAUGUUUAAAAAACACAGCUGUUGCUUUCUGCUUUUGUGCGAUAUAACAUGUUUUGUGCGUUUUUCAAAGCGAGGAUUGCUCAGUUUGUAGAAAGAUAGCAGAUGCACUUGAGAUGAUUGAUACCUUGGAAAACACACAGGUGGUUUAGGGUGUCCAAGAGAGCAACAGGAUCUUACAUUUCACACUUUGACAUCAAGAUAUUUCAGGAUGAACACAGAAGUAAAAUCCUUUUUUUCCCUCACAGUUUCAUUGAAAUAGUUGGAUUUUAACAACAAAGAGAUCAUUGUUUUAAGAGUGAGUGGCUGGUAACUCAUUUGUGGCACUUUUCCAUCUCUCUGCCUGAACAUAGACACCUUUGUUUCCUUUAGUACAUUGUUGUAACCUAAACCCUGACGGAUUAUCUGUUGUGUUCUUGUCUCAGGUUCACCUGAUACUGUUCAUUAUAAAUGUGGAUUCCUACACCUUCCAUCUGCUCGUACUCACUCAAUAAGAGUGACUCCUCAUUUGUUGGUAAUCCUCUUAUUUAUGGGUCACCAUGGCAAACAAGUAUUUUGGAACAUAUUCUUCCCUUUUACGUGCCAAAUUAUUGAGUAAUUUAAGGUUUGGGAUGUUUGUGAAGACAAUCUUUAGAUGCAGUUAUAAUGUUGAAUUGUAGGUGUCACUGUUGUCCUCUUAAAGAUCCAGACUGAGCCUCUGCUGCUGCUGCUGAAGUAUCUGCAACUAUUCAAUGCAUGAUGAAGUCCAGCAGUGACUGCAGAAGAUGACCCGUCUCCCGUCGUACGGUGCAGCACUGCAGCUGUCUGCAGCUUCUUCAACUUCAAUCAGGAUCUUUCAGAUAUUCGGAGUUCUCCUGCCAGACAGUGCUGACACUUCACCGCACCUCUCUGUCAUAUUGCAACCUAUAGUGCACUCUUCCUCCCGUUUUGUUGGAUUGAGUCCUGAAUCAGCAGUUUGGGGCAGUAUGCCGCAGACCUGCAGAAAACUAGCAGAGGGGUUGAUUACAUUUCCACACAUGCAAGC